AUGGAGUGUAAUUUGGCCCUGCUGUUUCUGGCCUCCCUCCUCGCUUUCGCAACACCUCCACCGAAAACGGCGGAGCCGGAUCCCGAUGGUGCCCUGCAACCCACCUGCAGACGCGGCUUUCUUACCCUGCGAGAUUUGCAGUGCAUUUGUGCGGAGAAGAGAUUUCCCUUUCUAGCGGUGGAUACCUUUCUCGAGGGCUUCCCCGUCUUCGAUCAGGGCUUGGACGUACUGUUUCAACGAAAACGUCUGCCCAGCGCUGAGUGCCUAGCGCGCGUGGCGGUCGUACUCAUCCACAUGCUCGGCAUAUACCAUCGACCUAGAAUCCCUCUCUGUUACUUGGUCCACCGUUUCCUCGUCGAGUUGGGCUUGCCUGCCGCUGUGCAUGAAAUGGCCAACAGCCUGAUUUCUCGGCUGGACAGCGCUGUCCAGCAGGCCACAGAAAAUGCACGACAGGGGCUACACUACUUCCUCCCCUUGAAACGCUACGUGCGCGGCGAAGUCUUCGCAAUGGCUGUGGUUGUCGUACUCUUGCGAAUGCUGUUUAAACUGGACGAUUGUUAUGAGGUAGGUGAGUUAUAA